AUGGCCGCCUCCGCCCUCCCGGGGCUGCCCGCUCCUCAUCAGGAGCUGGUCAAACACAUUGCCAAGCACCCUGAACGGGCCAUGGUUGACAUCAUGGCGCCCUACCGCAAGCACGAAGCUCGCCUGCGAGAGCUCUACGCCCAGGAUCGCCAGAAUCCCCUUCUCGACGAUCCUUACAUCAAUGUCCUUCCCCUCUUCACCGACGACACAAAGCUCAUCACGACCCGAGCCAGAAGCUUAUCGACCGAGUCCGCUGAGGAGAUGUCAAAGUACGUCAUGGCUCUCCCUGACGAAAAGCGUCGGCCUCACGAGGCGCCUGCUACCGUCUCCGACCUCGUCGAGUUUCAGCACAACUUCAAUGUCUUCUCGGAAUCGUCUCUGGUUGAAAUGGACUGGAGUAAUGUCGUUGCCGCUGGUUCCUCGGUUGUCAACUGUCUUCUGCCUGUCCCCUCCCACUUCAAGGCCUCGAAACGAAAGCUCCGAGAGUACUAUCACGAAAAGUUCUGCCCUGCUUCCGAUCUUGACCUCUUCCUGUACGAUCUCACCCACGAACAAGCCAUUGAGAAGAUCAAACACAUCGAGCAAGCCGUUCGCGACGCCAUCCUCAACGAGGUCACCGUCGUUCGCACCAAGUACGCAAUCACAAUCGCCAGCCAGUACCCAGUACGGCAUGUACAGAUCGUUCUUCGGGUCUACAAGUCCGUCAGUGAGAUAUUGACCGGAUUCGACAUUGACGCCGCGGGGGCGGCUUAUGACGGCAAGCAAGUCUACGUCACUCCGAGAGCACUCGGCAGCUUCAUCACGCAGAUCAACCACGUCGACCUCACACGGCGCAGCCCUUCCUACGAAAACCGCCUUUCCAAGUAUUCCCAUCGCAACUUCGAAGUAUAUUGGCCCGAUCUCGACCGAUCACGAAUCGACCCCACCAUUUUCGAGCGAAGCUUUCGGCGCACCUUGGGGCUGGCCCGUCUUCUGGUGCUGGAACGGCUGCCCACGAACUCGGCCCGGGAAGCUUACCUUAACAAAAGAAGAAUGGAGCGCGGCAGGCCGACCAAGUUCCAAAACAGAUACUCGCUGCGGGGAAAUAUCAAAGACUCUCAUGAAGACGAAAUUGCCGACUGGCAGCCGGAAGACGACGUGAGUAACUACAACACAUUCACCGUGCCUUACGGGAAAAUGUUCCAUGCAAAGCGCAUCGAGAAGCUAUGCUACACCAGAGAUCUCCUGCUCAAUGCCGAGUGGAACCAACCAAAGGAUCGCAAAGUGCACCUUCAUCGCCACCCUGCUUUCUUUGGUCGCGUCCAAGACGUGAUAGAGGACUGCUGCGGAUUCUGUCCAACCCCCGUUACGCCGGAGGAGGUUGAGAUUGCCGAGAAAGAGGCCCAAGUUUACGUAUCUGGCAACGUUUUCUUCCUCAUCGAUGAUCCUGGCAGGCAGCAGAUCGGCUCAUUCAACCCCUUGACCGACCAAGACUGGACAGACAUGGCGUACGUCGGAAACACUGCCAGGCUGUGUCAGUCCAUCGUCGACGGAGAUAUCGACGACGUCCUCGGUUGGCUCUCUCAAGAAGGAGCGGAUCCUAACAAGCGAGACUACACUGGCAGAACGCCCCUUCAUCUCGCCGUCAUGGUCUCGACCCCGAGGAUUGUGAAAUGUCUCGUCGAGCAUGGCGCGCGCCUGACAGCUCGAUUGGCAGACGGGAAAACGGCUCUCCAUCUGGCAGCCUCGAGAGGCAAUGUGGAGAUCAUCAGAAUUCUAAUGGCAAAGAGCAUCGAGAACGAGGAGGCUGAGGAAGAACGGGACAGAGCUCAGGAAAACGGAGAGGCCAGAGAUGACGCGGAUUGCAGCCAAGACUCGGACGGCGAGCUCACCGAGGUGGAAAAGGGAGAUGCCAGCCAUGGUGACGACGACGUCAUUGUUACUGAUGACUCGGCCGAUGAACCAGACUACUACCACAUCGAUGUUCUUGCUUGGGAUAUUCCUUGCUCGCCGCUCCAUCUCGCGAUAGUCGAGGCCCGAGAGGACGCAGUCAAGGUCCUCUACAAUUAUGGAGCGGACGUGAUUCUUCCUGUCAAGUUCCUCGGAAGCGGCUCAAUAGACACUGCUGCCACUCUGACUCUUACACUCGCCUUGACUCUUCCCCGUGAACAGGCGAAAUCUAUGGCUCGAUUGCUCCUCAGACUAGGGGCUACCUCGUCUCAAGCCGACUCCAACGGCUACACGGCGCUUCAGCGAUAUAUCGACAGCGGCAAAAACGAAAUGAUUGAUACCCUGUUGGAUGAGGACAAGGUUGGAGUCAAGACAGCUCUCAACCACCUGACCUUUUCUCCCCAUAGCUGGAAUCCCCAGACCAACUCUCCAAUUCACAGCGCAGUGGAAAAUGGAGACUCGCUACUCGUGCUCAAACUGCUCAAUGCUGGGGCGUUUCCGCAUAUUGACUUCGACACCUGGUCGAAAUCCGCAAAGCUAUCCACGCUUCGCUCCAGCUUGGGAGAUUUGGAGGGCUCGCGGCGAAAGUACCAGCAAUCCAUGGAGCAACCGCUGAUCACCGCUGUACGGUCCGGCAACACUAGUGCCGCAAUAAAGCUGCUGGAUAGCGGCGCCGAUCCAAACACGUUGACCUCGGAGUCUCAGUGCCUCCUCACGGACGAGUACAUGUGUAGCUACACAAAAGGCACGUCGGCGUUGGACCUCGUCAGAGAUCUGAUUCAGGAGUUGUCCAACUACAAGGGCGAAAAACCGUUCAUGUGUGAACCUCGUCUGCAACCAGGAACCGACGAGUUUCUGCAGAAGAUGAAGCCAGGCACAUACCAGCAAUGGGUAGUGUCGGCCGACGUCAAGUCGAUACGGGAAGCAUUUGAGCGGGACGCGGCUAUUUACCGAGCAGAAGUGAAGCGCACCGAGACGUCGUGGGGCAUAGACGAGAAAAGGGAGGCCAUCGCAGAGGCGCUCUCCGGACUUGAGAAAUUGGAGAGUGCCCUGGUCGCCAAGGGCGGGAAGGUGUUCGUCGAGCUGUAUCCCGACAUUGAUACUGAAAAGCGUACGAGCGCUUCCUGCGACCGUGAAACGGAGAUGUCGAACAAGUACGAAUUUGAAUUCCGAUUUACGUACGACAGCGACAUGAAUGAGACCAGAAGGGGCCAGUAUAUUGAUCUAAUGGAGGCUGCUUGGAUCGGAGACUUGAGUCGCAUCAAAGCUUUGACUCUCGAAGCCUGCGGUCCCGAAAAUAACAAGCCGCCUUUGAAGAUUGCCAUUACCGACAACUUUGGAAACUCGCCAUUUUCUCUCGCCUUUCUCCAGGGCCCCCAGGAUGUGGCUCAAGCUAUCCUUGAGAUCGUCGAGGCCCAGUGGUCGCUUCCAGAAGGCGAGCAAGUCCGUUUUAGGAUUGGAAACGACGAUGAUGACGAGGAAUACGAUGACGAGGGCUCAGACGGCAAUCCACGGCUAGUGCCCGAGAAGAUGAACAGAAGCUUCACCAUAGAAGACAUUGGCAAGGUCUCCAUGCUGGUCGAAUCUCAUGUUAAGCCGUUGGAAGUCCUCUGCAGUUCCGCUCCAAGCUUCCUGACUGACAAGGGGGAAAUCGUCAAAGAGUUUGAUAGUAGAAGCAUGUUCAUGCAUGCGCUUGACACGGACGAUGUCUCGAGGCUCCAGUUCCUGCUAGACAUGGUCCAGCGCUUCUCCGGCCAGAGAUUUGCGGGAGUCGAAGAGGAAUCGAGCGAGAUGUUCACCCUUCCGGAGUCUGACUUUACCUGGGCUCUUGCGAAUGGAAAGACUCAGUUGCUUGGCCUCCUCAUCAAGAGCGCCGGCGCUGGAAUUCCGCUCGACGAUUUGGUCAAGAAGAGCGGCGUUGAAAUCAAGCAGAAGCCACGGUAUUACCAAGGGUUGACUGUUUAUGGGGUCAAAAGAAGGAGUUGGGCAACCGCCGGCCGGAACAUGGCCACGGGGACGACUGGACUGAAAACACCGCCGCUUCUGCAUGCUUCCCUUGGCGGAUCGUUAGAAGGCGUCGAGUUCUUCUUGAGCGACACACCCCACCGACUGUACAGCGAAUUUGGCAAGUCCCAGAUAGCCCGCCAAGAUUCCAGGCUGCGACAUCUGGAAGAAGGGCCGGGAGGCCUUGAUCGAACAAUUGCAAGGUGGCUUGGCGCAGACAACGACCUGGUAAUACACUGUGCUAUUCUAAGCGAAUCGACUGCGGAGUCACGGGUGCUUCUCGAGUACCUCGUGAGAGCGCGCCCAGAAAGCAUCGAAAAGAAGACUACUGAAGGAGAGACGCCCUUGAUGCUUGCCUGCAGACUCGGCCGCGUUGCGCAUAUCAAGGUGCUCCUCGACGCAGACGCAGACCAGUCAACCCGGAACAAGAAGGGCGAGAAUCUCCUUCACGCGGCACUCUGGGGCAAUCCCACGGCCGCGAAAGUUAAGCAUUUACUGGACAUGUUUGAUGCAGACCUGCGACGUCAUCUGUUCAAACAGCGCAAGAGCCUCGGGGAGAACGGCACGACCCCGCUGCACAGCUGGAUCUCUCAGGUUUGCGGCAUGGAUGCUGCCGUGGACAGUCUACGAGGAUUUCCCUGCAGCAUACAAUUCGCCCUUCCUCCUAAUGCCUACCGCAGCCGGGGGCUGGUGGUGGAGAUGGCAAAGCUCUUGCUGGACUAUUCGGGAGGCGAGGAAUUGGACAUGCUCAACGGCGCUGGCGAGACUUGCCUACACACAGCGGUCAAGAGCGAGAUGAUUUCGCUUGUCAAGGUCCUUGUCGAUUUCGAGCCUCAGCUGUUGCUACGCGAGAACGCUGUCGGCCGCACGCCUGCGGAGCUCGCACACGACCAGCUGCAAAAUCAAAUCUUUGAGAGGCCUACGCCGCAGUACAGCAACAACCAACAGAACAAGUUGCAGGAACUUCCGGGCAAGUCGCCCGGCGACUUCGUCGACAAGGCCAUGUUCAGGAGCAGGUCAAUUCGGGAACUCAGGUCCGGAACGGAGUCUCUCGGGCUCAGCGGCGACUAUGGUGUCGACGCUGUUGGGCCCAUCUCGUUCGCUCUUGGCCGUGGAGAAGGGUGGCCUGGGUCGUACUUGUCCUCUGCCGAUCUGAAAAGGAUUACUUGGGACCUGUGUUCCACCGCUCUGGCGAAGCGGCCCGGCAAGCGCAGACUGGUGAGUCUGAACGAGGCCAACGAUGUUGCCAGGAGAUUGGGCGAAAGGCACACGGGGUCCCGGUAUUUCAGCGUCCGGCCUCGCAACGACAACGACGACAACCGGUCGCAGGACGGGAAAGACGACGAUGACACGCGCGACUUUGUCGUCAGGACGUUGCCGAGCCGCCUGAACUUGGCUUGGAAGUUUUCUCCGUUCGAGAGAGAGAUGCUUGGUAUGCCAGAGCACGAUACGGCGGAGAGCGAAGGACGGCCUGAGUAG